AUGGAAUUAAAUUAUAAUUCAACGAAAAAGAAACGUGCACCGGAUCCACCGUUAUUUUCGGAGAAUAAAAAUACUACAUUAGAUAUUGGUGCAAUAGAUAAUGCAAAUAAGAAAACAAUCGUUCAAACUACAACUAUUGAAUUAAAAGCGAACGAUAACCAAGAGAAAUCCGUAGAUUAUAAUCAUCGGAUGAUAAAUCACAAUAAUUUUACUGAUAAGAUUGGAAUAUCUAAGGAAGAAAAUGCACAAAAAAUAAGUUCCUAUAAUAAAGGAUCAGGAUCGACCUCAAAUUAUCAAAUAAACUUUUCGGAGAUUUUUAUCGGAAAACAACAAUCUCCACGGAAAUUCAGUUCUAUGAAUGGUUAUAAAUAUUAG